AUGGAAUUCAUUCACAACUCAUCAUCACCAGCAACAAUCGCAGAGUUAGAUUUGUUCAGCGUUCCUCCAACACAAACUGUCAUCGAGACUAUGUAUGACGUUGAGUAUCGACCAGUUGGAUCAUUGGACAAUUCAAAAAUAUUUGAAUUUGUAGUUCCUGCUUCUGAGCACUACACUGACCUUUCAGCAACAUACUUACAUGCUAAAUUGAAAAUUGAAUACAAAGAUCCGAUAAAAGAUUCUGAUAAAAUUGUUCCUGUCAACAAUUAUGCCACUUCACUUUUUGAACAAUGUGAUGUUUAUCUAGGAAGUGUCAAUUUGAAUCCGGGUAAUAGUUUAUUCCAUUACCAGUCUCAUCUUGAUGAUUUGUUUUUUAAACACGAGUCUCCAAUUGAUGCUUGUCAGUUGAUUGAUGAUGAUGAAAAUGUAAGAGUUGAAAGAGUUAAAAAGGACUUUGAUCUGAUUCUACCAAUACACGCACCAAUGUUUCAACAAGAAAAAUUACUAAUCGACGGUGUUCCGAUAACAUUAAGAUUCAAAAUGGCACCUGAUACGUUUGGAUUGACCUGUGCAACACAGGGGCCGAUCAAUUUAAAAUUUCAUCAACUUUCACUCUUUGUCAGACGUGUUAAACUUUUCAUGCCCGUACAGAUGACAAUUGAAAAGAAUUUAUCAAACUCAAUGGUCAAGUACUACUUUCAGCGUAAUGAGGUUAAAUCAUAUCAUCUUGUGAGUGGUUUUGCGGCAAAUAGUAUUGAUAAUGUGUACAAUGGUCAACUACCUCGAAGAGUGAUUAUUGGAUUUGUUUCUGACAAGUCUUUCAACGGAGAGAUUCAAACUGAUCCGUUCAAAUUUGAACAUGGAAAUAUUAAAGAGAUUGCUUUUGUCGUUAAUGGUAUAAAGAUUCCAGCUUCUGCUUAUAAGCCUGAUUUCAAGAAUAAAAUUUAUGUUCGUGAAUAUUACAACAUGUUUAGGUCAAUGAAUCAAGAGAAUGGAAUACCAAAAAUUAAUAUCAAGUACAAAGAUUAUGAAAAGAAUUAUCCUUUGUUUGUAUUUGAUUUAAGUGAUGAUGGUACUCUUACCAAUGAAUCUGGAACUCUAUCUUUGAUUAAAAGAGGUAGUGCUCGAAUAGAUAUUCAAUUUUCUGACGCCUUAACUACAGGUCUACACAUGAUAGUUUUUGGUGUUCAUGAUAACGUAUUACAAAUUGAUUCAUCAAGGAAUAUAAUCACAGACUAUUAA